CGAAGCUCCGAGAACUUCGAAAGAACUACGGGGGAUACACUCGUUCUUGCUUCGCUCACACCAUGUUCGAGCGGGCCUUUGUAUGUGCACAAUGCACAACGCGAUUGUUUCGGUCGUCUAUACUAAGGCCUACCCUAAACCUGGGAGUCUCGUCCUCGGUGCGCCGUCUGAGCAGCCAUACCGGUCAAAUUGUUCGACCAGCCCGCAUCGCGAUUGUGGGCUCCGGUCCUGCAGGAUUCUAUGCCGCAUCGCGUCUACUGAGCAAACAUCAAGAUGUAGUCGUCGAUAUGUAUGAAAAGCUCCCGGUGCCAUUUGGAUUGGCUCGUUAUGGUGUAGCCCCAGAUCAUCCCGAAGUAAAGAAUUGCGAAGAUAAAUUCACCGAGGUCGCAACCUCUCCCCGCUUCAACUUUGUCGGCAACAUCGACCUCGGCAACGAUCUGCCUCUUACCGCACUCAAGCCCCAUUACGAUGCCAUCCUUUUCGCAUAUGGAGCCGCCAAGGAUAAAGAACUCGGAAUCCCCGGUGAGAAGGCUCUGCGUAGUGUAUACUCGGCCCGCGCCUUUGUUGGGUGGUACAACGGCCUCCCCGAGCAUCGGGAUCUCCAGCCCGACCUGACCAGCGGUGAGGAUGCGGUUAUCGUUGGCCAGGGUAACGUGGCACUCGACGUUGCCAGGAUCCUACUUUCGGACGUGGAUGCCCUUCGGAGUACUGAUAUUGCCGACUAUGCUGUGGAGACGCUCUCCAAGAGCCGAAUCAGGCGCGUACGCGUCGUUGGUCGUCGGGGACCGUUGCAGGCCUCCUUUACCAUCAAAGAACUGCGGGAGCUCCUGCAACUUCCCUCUGUGGCCUUCGACCCCAUUCCGCAGGAUGUUCUCCCUCCGGAGGAUGUCAUCAACGCGCUCCCCCGAGCACAGAAGCGACUGAUGCAGCUCCUUGCCAAGGGCUCAGCCAAUGAUCCCCAGACUGCGGCCAAGUCAUGGUCCUUGGACUUUCUUCUCUCUCCCGACUCCCUUCACUGGUCACCCAUGCAUCCAUACCGCCUCACACAUACCAAAUUCUCCCGCAAUGAGCUCGACCCUGCGGAUCGUUACAGCCCCAGCUCUAAGGUGACGCCAAAGCAUCUAUCCAGUGGUAAGCGUGCUAUGGUGAACCUGUCUUCUAGUGUUUUCUUCCGUAGCGUCGGCUACAAGUCGCUUCCCCUGUCUGGCAUGGAGGAUCUAGGGAUCGAGUUUGAUUCACAGCGCGGUAUAAUUCCAAAUGAUGGAUUCGGGCGGGUCACGAGUCCUUCAGGCUUGGGUGAAUCCCACAAGUUGCCCGACGGCUCAUUGAUCGCCCAUCUGCCCGGCCUGUAUUGCGCUGGGUGGGUGAAGCGUGGUCCGACAGGUGUCAUUGCUUCCACCAUGGUCGAUGCAUUCACCACUGCCGAUACCCUGCGGAAAGAUCUGGCAACCAAGAAGAACUCUCAAUCACCACUACGGGCCACCGAGCCGAGCAGUGGUCUUGGUUGGGAUGCAGUCAAGACCGAGGCUGCGAGCCUUGGCCUACGCACAACUUCUUGGCAAGACUGGCAACGUAUUGAUGCAGCUGAACGUGAACGAGGUCAGUCCAAGGGAAAGGUCCGCGACAAGUUUGGUCGAGUGGAAGAAAUGCUUGAAGUACUCGGAUAAACGCUUCAUGCUUUGUAUAUUAUACUUGACAAUCUAACACAAAAUUUAUGUGACAAUUCCAACCAUCCAUCUCAUCUCAUCUCAUCUCCUCCCAAUCCUGCUAUUAUAUCUCAUGCAAUAUUUUAUAGUUUCGGCUUCAACGCUCAUGCACCGCACUGCGAGGCCUCGACCUCGGUGUAGGUGGCCGUCACCCGACCCAGCUGCUCAGCCUGGCCAUUGGUGAGGUCGUUCAUAGCCUGAAGACCAAUGUUGAAACCACCAGGAGCAGUAUCGAUUCCAAGGACGGUGAUGGUCUUGUCAACCCCAUUACCAGAGUAGUGCAGCUGGUAGCACUUGCCGCAGCUAGGGCUGCCAUUGCCGGAGAUAGUGAUGGCACCGCCGAUGUGAGGGAAGCCGGGCAGCUGGCCGAACGUUGGGUACUUUUGGCUGAGAACGCUACCGCAGGCCACGGUAUUCACGGAAGAUCCGGCAACAUCGUAGACGGGAUCGUAGGAGACCGAGACGGAGACUGCCUCGGCGGUGGGUGCGAUUGCUAGGACUGCAGCGACGAGGUUAAGAGAAGCCAGAAUGGCGGAGGAAACAGCGAUGAAGGACUUCAUGGUGAAAUUGAUAACGGGUGAUGCGUGGUUAUUGAACGGGGUUAAUCAAAAGUCUUCGGACGUGUAGCUCCACUGAGUUGAUUGUAAACGGCGCUUGAACUACUUGUUGAAUGGAUGUAAAUAUCUAUAGAGCCAUGUGUCAACAUAUUUAUAUAUCCUCGAACCACCGGGUAUCAGGCAACCCAGGCGUGCUAUUAUUUCGAGCACAAGGAACAACACGACUGCAUCCGGUACAAGUCCUAGACAUAAAGCGGAUACCAACCUCCGAGCCGGUCACCAGGCAGUAAUAGUUGAGGUGAACAAGUGGCAUCGUAGAACAAGGAUAGACAUCACGUGCGGGGCGAGGAGCAGCUGGAAUGCGGGCAGUGGAGCGGAGACUGAGACAUUGACGACACACAUCUUGGCCGGAUAAGGGAUAGAGUGUGGCUGAGGAUGAUCAUUUGCACGAUCGAGCGAUCUGCAUCAACACGAAGUUGGAUAUCCUGCGUGUCGACUGAUUCUCAUGUCACGAUAUACUUGGAAUGCCCCGUAGCCGUGGGGUGGAUCACCUGCGGGAUGCCUACUUGAAGCUGAGGUUACAUUGACCACAAGGAUUGACUGUGAAUGGCAGCCACAAUUGGAAUACUGACUCAGAGUCAGAAAUAGAAUCUUCCAAAACUGACCCGGAAAACAAAAAAAAGAAGUGAAGUCUACGGUGAC